AUGGCCGAGAGAGAAGAUGAAGGAGGAAGAAACGAGCGUAAAGACAAUUUGUUGCUCGUAUUGAGGUUUUUUAAAAUCUACUGGAAAAUAGUGUUCGCCAUAGUGUGGGCAAUUUUUUUGCUAGCGUUCGUUUUGGCUUACAAUUUCCCGGAAGUUAGAUGCGCUUCCGUAGUACUGUUAAUGGGUGGAUAUUGGAUCACCGAAUGUUUCCCCAUGGCAGUCACCUCCCUUAUCCCGCUGGUGUUAUUUCCGAUAUUAGGAGUGCUGAGCACGGCGGACACGUGCAGCUGUUACAUGAACGACACCAUAAUGGUAUUCAUAGGGGGCCUGAUUCUCGCGGUAGCCAUAGAACAUAGCAGCCUCCAUCUACGAAUCGCUCUCGGUGUAAUGAAGAUGGUCGGCUGUACUCAUGCAAAAUUACUCGCCGGUUUUUGCGUUGUGACGACUUUCAUAUCUAUGUGGGUUUCGAAUACAGCAGCCACCGCCAUGAUGGUACCGAUUAUAUUUGCUGUUCUCCACGAAUUAGAGCAGGCAGGACUUUGUAAAAUCUUUAACAAAAUGCCAGUGGACCCGGAACACCCGCAAGCAGAACCAGAAAUGAUACCGACGAAGGUGACCAAGGCUUACUUAAUGGCUGCCGCGUAUUGCUCGACCUUUGGCGGAACAGGGACCAUCGUGGGAACGGGUACCAACCUUACGUUUAAGGGAAUAUACGAAAGCACUUUCCCCACCGCCGAGGGCAUUAAUUUUACACAGUGGAUGGCCGCUAAUAUCCCCCAAAUGGUCAUUAAUUCGUUUAUAACGUGGCUAUAUCUUCGUAUAACUUUCAUGGGAUAUCUCAGACCGCAAAGCAAAGACGCGCAAGAAGCAACUAUCGGUGAGGAAGGAGAGGCAAUUACUAACCGGGUGAUACACGAGAGAUACAAGGAAUUAGGUAUUAUUUCGUUUCACGAAGCAGCGGUCGCCAUCCUUUUCGUGAUCUGUAUAUUUCUUUGGAUAUUCCGGAAGCCCGGCUUCGUGCGUGGAUGGUCCGAGGCGAUAACGGAUAUAGACAUCCGGGAUUCCACGCCGGUUAUAUUGGUCUCCAUCCUGAUGUUCUUUAUCCCGAAAGAUCCAAGUUUUAUCUACAGCUUCAGCAAAGAUCCUGCUAAAAGACCCGAGAAAGCUUCGGAGGGAUUGAUUACGUGGGAGGUGAUCCAAUCGAAGAUGCCUUGGAGUUUGAUGUUCCUGUUGGGCGGUGGAUUCGCGAUAUCCAAAGGCAGCAUCGCUUCCUGUUUGGCCAAAAGAAUCGGAGAUGCCUUGGUACCGUUACGGUCCUUGCCCUCUGAACUGAUCCUUAUUCUCAUUUGCAUAUUUAAUGGCACCAUCACGGAAUUUACUUCGAACGUCGGCAUCGCGAACAUUACUUUGCCUGUUAUCGCUCAAAUGUGUGUAGCGAUGAAGAUACAUCCGAUAUACUUGAUGAUACCGGCAACUAUAAUGUGCUCGUAUUCCUUUCGGUUACCGGUUGGAACACCACCAAACGCGAUCAUAACGAUCGUCGGCCGUAUUCCAACUAAAUGGCUGAUGGCAGCUGGUUGCGGCCCUUCCAUUUACUCUAUCAUAGUCCAAUGUAUUUGUUUCAUCGUUUGGGGCACUUUCAUUUACGACAUCAAAGGAUUCCCAGCGUGGGCUGAAAAUAUUCAACAGAAUGGCACACAAGGGAAAUGCGAUUGAUUCGUGAAACGAACUACCAAAAUAUUUUUGUAUGCCCAUUUCUGUUUCGU